GUCACGUGCUCCGCGGCCGGAUGAUGGCGGGCGCUGCUGAAGAUUCGCGAGCGCUCUUCGGGGUUGCUGUCCGCGCGGCGCUGGAGGCCUGGCCCGCCUUGCAGAUCGCUGUGGAGAACGGCUUCGGGGGUGUGCACAGCCAGGAGAAGGCUGAGUGGCUGGGGGGUGCAGUGGAGGAGUACUUCUUCCGCAAUGCUGACUUGGAGCUAGAUGAGGUGGAGGACUUCCUCGGGGAGCUAAUGACAAACGAGUUUGAUACGGUUGUGGAGGAUGGGAGUCUGCCCCAGGUGAGCCAGCAGCUACAGACCAUGUUCCACCACUUCGAGAGGGGUGAUAGGGCUGCUCUGAAGGAGAUGGCCUCUCUCAUCACCCAAAGAAAGUGCAAGGUCAGAGCCACCGCACUGACGACAGCCAGAGAGACUGAUGAGGAUGAUGAUGCAAACAGCGUGGAGGAGAUGGAGGUCGCAGCUGAUGGGGCAGCUACAGAUGGGGUCUGCCCCCAGCCUGGUCCAGACUCCCAGACUAUUAAGGAAGAGGAUAUAGUGGAGGAUGGCUGGACCGUUGUCCGGAGAAAGAAAUGAGUGGGGCUGGAAAUAGUCUGGGUCCUUGUUUGCUAGUUGUUUGGGGCUUAUUUGUAGGGGUUUUUUGGAGGGUCAUGGACCUCUGGACUGGUUACCCCAUCUCCACCCUCUCCCAUUCCCCUGUCCAGCUCCUUCCAGGGGAAGAAGAGCCCAAGGGUCUUUGGUCUUGGGGUGGUCUGAGUGAUGAGGCCUGGUUUCCCAGCAAAGUGCCACUUGGGUGCAGUCAGCGUGAAGAGGGAGGGAUGAGUGGGUAUGGGAGUGACUAGAGGAAAAGCUAAACGCUGGCUGGUAGUAGGCAGGUGGAUGUGUGAAGGGAGAGGACCAACAGGAGAACCAGUAUUCCCGCUGGGUAAGGAAUGUUGAGAUGAGCUUGCUCAUGGAAGAGAGGUUAGUUGAUGAUGUGAAUGGAAGUAGCUGUGGUACCUCUCCCUCACUUCCCCCCGCCCCCACACGGAGCAUCUCUAUGCCCCUGCCCAGAAAUUGGAACCUCCCAGGAACGCUUCCUUCCUGCAGCCCAGUUUCUAGCCCUGGGUUCCUUCAGGAUGUCUAAGACCUUGUCUAGGCAGUGAGCUCGGGGGACCUGGGCUUUGUUUUCUGUCUCCUUCAACCUCUUUUCAAACUCCUCAUCCCAUUGAAGUCCAGGGAUGAGGCUUAAGACCUCAAUAAAUAAUACCUUAUUGUUUAAUUUGUGGCUUGACCUGUGAGUAGUCUUGGAAUCAGCCUUCUGGGAGCUGAGCUUCAGAGCUCAGCAAGGGAGCAGUUUCUGGGCCCACCCCAGCAGCCUGGUACUUUGGACAAACAAACAGAUGGACGAAUGGAGCACAGCAGCGCUCUGAAUGUUUCCGUAAGCCUGAAAUAAACUGUAUUUUUCUUUAAAAAA